UCACGUCAGCCCAGAGUCUGGGCAGAACGCACUACCAGGGCGCCUUUCUCCCCCACCCCAAACACACUGAGCCCUUUCACUGACCUGCCUUCUGAUUGGAGGCUGGUUGCUCCAGAUAAUGACGUCCGGGACCCCUCUGUGGGUUACAGCCUGUUUCUGUUACUCUCACCGCAACUUAAGACGCCUGCAGUGGGGAGGAAAGAGAGGGAAAAGACCAGGAUUUUCAAGAUCCCCGGAUACCAGAGGCACAGAAGACCAGCAGCAUUCCGGCUACCUGCGUGGCCCCAGGGCUGCCAGCUGCCCAUGUGUCCCUGCCCACAGGCUGCUUGCUAAGAUGAGGGACCGUCUUCAGUAUGUCGCCUGCUUCUUUGCAUUUUUCUCUGCUGGGUUCUUGGUUGUGGCCACCUGGACAGACUGCUGGAUGGUGAAUGCAGAUGACUCGCUGGAGGUGAGCACAAAAUGCCGAGGCCUCUGGUGGGAGUGUGUCACAAAUGCCUUUGAUGGAAUUCGCACCUGUGAUGAGUACGAUUCUAUAUAUGCUGAACAUUCCUUGAAGCUGGUGGUAACUCGGGCGUUGAUGAUUACUGCAGAUAUUCUAGCUGGAUUUGGAUUUAUCACCCUGCUCCUUGGUCUUGACUGUGUGAAAUUCCUCCCUGAUGAGCCGUACAUCAAAGUCCGCAUGUGCUUUGUUGCUGGAACUACAUUACUGAUAGCAGGUGCCCCAGGAAUCAUUGGUUCUGUGUGGUACGCUGUUGACGUUUAUGUGGAACGUUCUUCUCUGAUUUUCCACAAUAUAUUUCUUGGCAUCCAGUAUAAAUUUGGUUGGUCCUGUUGGCUCGGAAUGGCUGGGUCUCUGGGUUGCUUUUUGGCCGGCGCUGUCCUCACAUGCUGCUUAUACCUCUUGAAAGAUGUUGGACCUGAGAGGAACUAUCCUUAUUCCAUGAGGAAGGCCUAUUCAACUACAGCUAUUUCCAUGGCCAAGUCGUACACAGCCCCCCGGACACAGACUGCCAAAAUGUAUGCUCUAGACACUAGGGUAUAAAGUGCCACGUGUCAGUCUGUGUGUGUAUGUUAUGUAAUCAAUCAAUGUGUUCAGGCUAAUAAAAUAACAAGCCGAUCCAGGAACAGUUAUUUAGACUUUGUGUUCAAUUAAAUUAAUUGCUCACCUUAAUCAAAAAGUUUGAUUCUCCUAUUACUUCUCCUUUUCCAUUCUUACAUUCUUCCACAUUUUUUUUUUACCCCUCCUCUCUCACACACACACUUCCCUUGUAUUUAACGAUAAGGUUGCCAGGAUAUAAAAAUGUUUAUCUGUGAUUUCCACGUUGCUAUUAGAGAUUGUAACAUGGUGAUGUUAAAGCAAAACGAUGCUUUAAGAAUAGAAAGCAACUUUCAAAAGAGGCCAGAGAUGCUAAUCUUUGAAGAGGUUGACAGGCUCUUAGCUCCUUCCCUGGCUUUUGCUUCACUUCUUGUAUUCUCAACUGAGCAAGUUAUUUGAUAACUUUGAAAAAGAUGGCUCUUCCAAAUUCAAGCCAGUAUAUCAAAGCUUACCAUUGCUCUGAUUCUAUUAAAAUAGGAAAAGAAAAUAACAGCUUGGUGUACCAGUUACGGGUGGGAGUCAAAGUUAAAAAGGCUCCCCUCCACACUCUAAAUGUCAAAAGCAAAUGCUAAGUUAAUACCGGAGUCAGUGCUGAAUUUCUUCCUCAUUAACAGCGUAGGAGACCUGUGUAUCAUGCUAUCGCCACUCCAAAUUUGCCUGUGUACUGUCAAAUGUUAAACUACAGCAGUGAUAGCUAAACAAGGGAGUUCACUCAGUAUUGAAUGGACAUCCAAAUGUGUUCUAGAAUGUCCCAUAAUAGAAUUCACCACUUCAGGUGUCCUCUCACCGCUGGAUCUUCAGCACCCAGCAAAAUCUCUGGCAUGCGAUAAACUGUGCCAAAUGUCUGUUGCCUGAAAGAAAUAAAGGCUCACAACUCUCGACUGAAAAUAAUCAUUUUCCCUCAGAAAAUAUGUGCUUUUUAGAAAAAACAGAAUUAGAUAUGCACUUAAAAAAAUCAGUAGAUGAUUGCUAAUGGGAUUUUAUUCGUAUAAUAUAACCUUCUUUUUUUUUUAAAUUGUAGAGUUUGUUUUUCAAGUUAUAAAAUUUAACCUCAGGUUUUCUAAUUCCCUAUUACUCACAUGAAUAGCAUUAAUACCUUUGUGGUAUCUUAACAGACUGUCAGCUGAACUAAAAAUUAGUUCUUUGGAAAAAAGGAAAUUUAGUUGUGAAUUUCUGAAGCUCCCAAAAGAAAUGUUUCCAGUUAAGAAAGAUAAACAUACUGUGAAAUUGAGACGAUGGAAGCUGGUAUGUGAACUGUGGAGAAUGAUGUUCAUGAAUUCACAUGGUGUCUUUUUACCAGUAUCUCAGGAGAAUGUCUAAUCUAAUCUUAGAAUUAAGAACAGUUGAUUCACUUUUAUUUCAUGGAUAUUACUAACUUGUGUAAUUGACAUUUAACAAAAUUAUUUGUAGAUUAUGUUUACUAGUUCUAUGGGUAUUCAUCUACGCAUUUCAAAAUUUGUUUUCUGUUGUUCUUUAUUCUCAACCUUGGCUUUUAAAAUUUCUAUUCCCACAUUUAUUUUAUGAUAUAUUAUGUUUUAUGCAUUCUAAUAAGUCUCCUGAAAUACUCCUGGGGAAAGGCAGGAUAAAGUUAGUUAAAUAACUAGUUAGAUUUUAGAGAUACAGAUCUUCCCCCCCUCAAAGGUUUCAUUUGUAUGAGGGUAUAUCUCAGACAAUUAUGGUGAUAAUUGAAAUCUAUGAAUGUUUAAAAUUUUGUUUGCAAUAAAAAUAUUUUGUAUAUCCUAGAAGGAAUAUUCAUAUUUUUAAAAAUUCUUUGGGAACAUUUAUUCCUAAUCCACUGUGAUUUAAUGAAACACCCCCAAAAUAAAGUAUAACAAAUAAUAUAUUUUGUACAGCAACUAGAGAACUCAGAACAAAUAAUAAAUUAUGAUGCAGUAAUAAUUAACAAAGUGGUGCUUAGCAUGCCCAGAAAGAAAAUAUAAGCCCAAGGUAUACACAUUUGUGAUUAUUAUGUUGAAGCAUUAAAACAGCCCACCAAACUCUGAGUAUUACAAUUUACUUAUAUCUUGUUAAUUGUGGUAAGAAAAAUAAACAUUUAUAAAAUGGAGCAAUCUUAUUACCUAUCCCUUUAUUAACUAUUACUUUCUAAUAUCACAUUUUAAUUGAAACUAGCUAUUUGUUAUUAUAAAAGCUAUAUAGGUGCAUUAUAGAAAGUUGGAAAACAUAACCAAAAGUGUAUGAUAUUUAAAUACCAUGGGACUGACUAUAUUCUCUCCACCUGUAUCACUGCUCCUAAAACCUUCCUGAACAUCUGUACAUUCUUCCAGAUAUUUUGUGUUUACACACAUACACACAGACAAUAUAUUUCUUUUUUAAGAGAUCAUUUUUAAGAGGUCACUUUAAGAGAUCACGUGUUGGCUUUGUAAUCUACUUUUUUCCUCCAUUAAUUACCAUUAUCUUUCCAUAGCAAUACAUUUGCAUCUUAUCUAAUACCUGAUCCAUGUUUAAAUUUCCGUGAGUUUCUCAAAAUGCACUAUGCUACUGUUUACUUCAAACCAAUAUUUGCAUUUCCUCUGGUUCUUAUGCCCUUUAUGUCUCUUUUAACCAAGC